AUGGAAGAACUCCGCGCGGCAGCAUGCGAAUCCCUCCCGCGAGGUGAUGUUCAACUCCCAGAGGCUGCCAUUGCCCGGUAUACCACCACAGGAGGCUUGAAUCACCUAUGGCAGGAUUGCUUGUCUCAAGCUCAAUCCGACCCGGCCCAACUUCGUGAGAACCUACUGGUGGCCCAAGCAGUUCUGCACAACUGGGCUUCUGAGACGGUGCUUGAAGCCGAUGUAGAGGCGGCAGGUUACAUCUAUGACUGGGCAAGCAACGCUGCCCUCCCUUCGUCUAUCUUCGCGGAGACAAUCGAAGAGGCCAGUGAACGCAAGCUUGCCGCCAUUGCUGAAGAGAAGCAAAAGCUGGCGCAAGCUAUCACCGUCAUCUCCGGACUGAACAAAGUGCACCCAAUUAGCAAAGCGGCCAACAUCCCUAAUAUUCUCGUUGCGCUUGCUAGCUUCACUUCGGAAGCCGAUCCAUGGUCCACCGAAGAAGCGCACCGGAUCUCAAUUGACAUCCUUCGGGAUUUCAGCGCGACCACGCGCUCCGAUGGCACUCUGUGGACGCAUCUCGAGACGAUCCUGAAGGAGAGGAUCCGACCUCUCUUCACCAAGACGAGGAACCCAGCCAUUACAGCAGAGGGCCGCAAGAACUUCCACCCUGUGCCCCUGGCCCGAUUCGACCUCACCACUCUGGACCCAGAAGCAAAGCCCUGGAAGGCGUUUGCCGUUUACUCGACCACAGUCUUUAGCUGGGCACUCGCUCAAUAUGACUCCACAUCAAUCACCCAGCUAGAACGACAAUUCUCGCAACUCAUCCCGCCAAUCCUCGCGCUCAUCGACGACGAGACCCUGACCCCCAAGAUCCGCGGCUGCACCCUCCUCAGAGAACUCCUACAACCCAUCCGCUCCGCCCAAUCGGACAUCCUGCGGCGCACGAACCUCAGCUCCGUCUUUGAGGACGCCCUCCGGCCAUGCCUACUCUCCCUGCCGACCAUAACCCCAGAAGACGACUCCCUUCGCCUGUUGAGCACCGCCUACCCGGCCCUGCACGCGCUCCUCGAAACCAGCUACGCCACCGGCAGCAGCAGCACCACCAGCAGCACCAGCAAACCCGCAUUCACCGUGGCGCUGACUAGAACCCUCCGCGACAAUCUAAUCACCUCCUUCCACCACAUCAGCUCCACGAACCCGAUCACCUCCCCCUCGGCUUCCUCCGCACUGACCUCCUUCCCCCACCCAAGGCUCUCCACGCUCCUCCUCGCUGAGAUCCAGCGAACGACCACCGCCCUCGGCGUCGAAUCCACAAAAUACCUGCAGGAGAUCAUCCCCCUGAUCUACAGCACCCUCACCAACCCGUUCGGGACCGCCCACUCGCCCCUCCUCUUCGCGGCGUUGGGUGUCGCCCGCGCCGUGAUCCUGAACGCCCACCCGCGCGUCUGGCGCUGGCGGACUGAGAUCCUGGGUGGGGUUUGCCCAUGCUGGUUGAAUGUCGUCGAUGAGGAGCGAGAGAUCCGCGCCGCCGCCGCCGCCGGGGGGUCGACCACCAGGAAGCUGAACAAUUCCCGGAGUCAUGCUCCCGAGAAUGAUGGCCGGUUGAGGAUUCUGGGGAGGCUGAAGAACGAGCUGCAGGGCGUCGUCGCUCUGCUGCGGUUGGCAAUGGAAAAGCCUCUGCGGCCGGACACGCCGGAGCAGGAGACCCUCGCGGCUGGUGAUUUCGGCAAGGAAUUGGAGGAGCUCGUUGCGGCGGAGGAAGAGCUGCGUGGGCUGCUCUUCGCGGAAGUGGAUCCGUCACAUGGGAGGUAUUUUGGGCAGGCGGAGGAAGAGGAAUAA